AUGUCAUCUCAAGAAAGCAAAAAGCAGCUGACCUAACCCCAGAGCUGCACAAAGAAGAAGGUCAGAGAGUAAAGACAGAGGAGAGCUCUUUGCACCCAUCCUGGAAGAAUUCCUGACAACAGAAGGAGGAUGAGACAUAAACCGCAAGACGAGAAGAUCAAAAUAGUUAUAAGACCCGAACGCGGCGAGGACGAUUGCUGAAAUCUUUUUAUCAUCAUUUUAACAUCAAGUCAUUGGUUUAUUCCAUCUGAGCGCCAUGCCUCUUUUCAGCUGGAUGAAAUGGAUGCUGGAGACAAAAGCCCAAGCUCCGGACGAAACAUCCCUAAAUAGAUCAAGUUUUGCAUCCAGCCGGUGGUUAAUAGCUCAGGUGUUAUGGCACGUGGAAGACAGGGAGCGAUGGGAAGAAGGACAGGAGGGGGGGCACAGGCAGUCACACAAUGCCUCUGGUCUACAAUGGCUUCAGAGGUACCCCAGACCACAAGGCCUCAUUUCCUCAUCAGAACUACAACAACUGGAAUUUCUGUGUGCUCAAAUACCACCCAAGCAUGCGGCCACCAUCCUCUCCAGGUUUCGUGAGAUGCUUGCCACCAACUCCAUGAGGCCCUGGGAUCUGGUUAGCAUCUUCAAGCAGGUCCUGCUGGAUUUCCUGGCUCAAAGAGAAUGUGGUGAUGCUGCAUCAGUUCAGCCAGCCCAGCUUGGACCAAUAGAAACAUGGACCAGCUGGUAUAAGAAGGAGCAGAUCUACGUCACGCCAACAGUCUGUAAAUAUGGAAACCACUACCGGGAAGAAAUCCCAACUAUCUCUGGAUACGUGGAAUGGGCCAUGCGGCAAUCAAGUUCAAACACAUUCAAGAUGGACUGGGAUCUGCCGUGUUACUAUCAAAGGUCACUCAGUCCAGAAAAAGAAUACAGUACAUCACUGUGAGAAGACAUACAACCAUUGACUAUAUGAGAACUUGACUAGGUGACCACUCCUCCCCCUCGCGCUCCCAAAUAUGAAGUACCCGCUGGUUCCAAGAAGCCAAAAACCCAUAGACUUCUAUUUAGAAAUUACAGCUAGUCUUUAACUGUCAGAAUAGCCACUCUUGCCUCGAUCCCUUUUAUAUUUUUUAAAGGUAUGCCCCCAGCCGUCCCAUAACUGGUCGUAGCCCAUCUGCUGCACUGUUUAAACAUGUUGUUGUAGGGUUAGAUGAGUCCAUUCUUCUCUAAGAGUUCUGGUACAUCGCCUGUCCGUCCUGGGAGAGGAUCCCUCCUUCAUGUGGACAUUCCCGAGGUUUCUUCUUUUUUUCCCCCAAAUCCGUUUUUCCUUAUCAAGAAAAACAGUCUAAGGGCAGGGAUGCCCAGUUUAGCCUAGUAUGUCUAGUUAGGUUUAGCCAUUACUUAUUGAUUUUAUUACUACAUGUUCUUUAUGACUUGAUGUUCAUUAUACAAUUACUGGUAUGAAGCUCAUUGAGACUAUUGUUGUAAUAUUGGGCUUUAUAAAUAA